AUGAUCCGGAGGAAGAAGUCGUCAACUGGAAGAUCUGGACGCAAAAGAAGAGGAGAGUCAACUUCACCAGCUCGUGAGCCUGAUGAGGUCGACGCUCCUCCAGAGUUUUCUGAAUAUGAUUACGAGAAGAUGAGCCCAUAUAUUCUGAAAGCUCUCAAAGGAACAGUAUAUCCAUUUAUGUCGAACGGAUAUAUUCAUCUUAUACACGAACUUGAAAAGAUGCUCGCAACGAAUCAUUUCACUUUGGAAUAUAUGGCCGGAGAAAUACAGUUUAUGAGUGAAGGGUAUUAUCCAACACCGAACUUAAAUAAUCGCAAGAUGCCGGAAUACGAUACCAAAGAACAGGGAAAUCAUACUUCUGAUGAUGAAGGAACGGAAGUUGCAUCUGUUAGAACCGCUGCUGUUGCAAACGACGAAGAAAUGGCCAAGGAAGCCGAAAUCUGCUUGCUGCCAGAAGAAGGCGAGGAUGACGACUUUGAUGAGUAUCCAGCAUACCACGUGGGAACUCGCUUCUGGACCUGGUGCCGAAAAAGCUUCAUGGGGAAAAUCGACACCGAAUUUCUGGAGAAUUUCAAGGAACACAUUUUGGAUGCGUACAGUGAUGAAGAACUUCAGAAGUUUCUGGUCAAUGAGCCAUGGAAAUAUCGGAAAAGAGCAGUACACACAUCUCGAAGAAAAUCAUUGAACACUUCAAAUAACAAGAAGAAGGUUUCCAUUUCGAAUGAGGUUACAUCUCCAUCAACAUCUAAUGGAGUGAAGAACGGAGCUCGUAAAGGCUCUCUCGCUGGCUACCGUAUUCCAAAUCGUAGAAAUUCUGAACGGGACAAGGAAGCAAAUAACAAUAAGAUCAUGCCAAUAAUUGAUUCAAUGGUUUACACGGCUUGCAAAGAAUACAAAGAUGGAAGAUCUGUUCCGGAGACACCAACGAUACGACGUGGAAGGUCUCGCUUGACAAGUCCAGAAGUCGUUAGAGAGAGGAAGGUAGCUAAAAUGGAGAUCGAUUCGGAUUCCGACGCUGAAGUUGAUACGUACAAUGACAAGAACCAACCAGGUCCUUCAUCACGAAUGCUAUCACCGAGACAACUGAAGAAAGAGAAAAUUGAAGAUGACGAUGAGUACGAGAGAAUGGGGAAUGGAAACAGUUCCACUAAUGGAAUUAAUGGGACAAAUGGUCAUACCAGGAAGCCACAUUCACCGAAACGAAAGAAUGGAGAUAUCAGAAGUUAUUUCAAUUCGGUUCCAAAAAAUGCAAUUCCAAGUACCAGCAAUUCCCGACCACUGGUGGAAGAAAAUGGAUUUGGAGAUCUUGAUAUACCUUCGGAUAUCGAAGAUUUUGAUGCCAAAGCAAUCGGGUCAAAAAUCGUAGCAAAGUUGAUUGCAGGAGGUAUACUUCAAGAAUCUAGUGCACAAAUAUUCGAUCAAAUGACCCGGGAAGAUGAAACAGAAACUUCGAACUCAUCGAUCAAAGUUGAGAUGUGUGAAGAAGGAAAAGAAGAUGCUGAAGAUCAAGAACUUGGUGAACUAGCUGAAGAACUUCACAAUCUCCAACUGAGCUUAAAAGAGGAAAUGGUUGCCAAGAAGGCGUUGAUGAUGCUGACAUGGAGACGUGCUAAAGCUCAUUUCGCAUUCUUCCACACUUUCGAUCAGCUCAAACGCGGAGACUAUGAUCUUUUCAAACUUGGAAUCAACAUGUAUCGAGAUUUUCCGAAUCGUAAACUUCCUGGAAUCUCUGAAACAAUGCUUCUCAAAAUUGGUCUCAAGAAACGUAAUCAUCUGGCUAGACUGCACUACGGAAAGAUGUAUCGACGGCAUCCAAAGUUCAGAUGGCAUCAAGCAUAUGUUACCGCUUCUAGUCGUCUUCAUUAA